CCCCCUCUCCCCGCCCGGAUUAGUGGCAGCUUGGCCUGACUCUCCGGGCUCCUUCCCCCGCCCCGCCUGCUGCCCACCCCUGGGCAGGGGGCUACUCUGCCUGAGGGGCACUGUGCUUGCCCAGGGUGCUGGAGGAGGAAACCGGCGGAGCAGCUUCCCCACUCUCAGUUGCGCGUCUGGCGAUGGCGAUCAGAGGUCCUGCUGCGCUCUCCGCUGCGCUCUGCCUCCAUUAGCCGCGCUGCGCGGUGCUGCGCCCUCGCUGGUGCCUCUCUCCUGGCUCACGGGAUCGGCCCCCCACUUCCACGCACGACCCCCUUCCCCGGCCCCUUGGCCUUUCCCCCCAUUCAGCCAUCUCCGACCCGGGGCGCGCGAUCCCCCCGGCCCGGCUCCCUCUCUCUCUCCGGGGACACCCGCUCCCUAGCCCCGGCCCGGCCCUCCCCAAAGCGCAGCACGGAGUCUCGGCGUCCCAUGGCGCAACCCACAGCCUCGGCCCAGAAGCUGGUGCGGCCCAUCCGCGCCGUGUGCCGCAUCCUGCAAAUCCCGGAGUCCGACCCCUCCAACCUGCGGCCCUAGAGCGCCCCCGACGCCCGGGGGAAAGGAAAGCGCGAGCGCGCUGAGCUGAGAGCGGGAGAACCCGUCUUCGCUCGCCGGCCGGGAGGCCCCGAAGCCGGCCCAUGGGUAGCGAGUGCCCGGCGCCGGCCAGCAGGACCGCCGCCGCCCGCACCGCGCCCGGCCCGUGAAGCCCAGGGUCCUCCCUGGGAGAGCCCCAUGAGGGCAGGAGAGUGAUGGAGAAUGUGCCCAGCUUCCUGAAGGACAUCCCAGCUUGGGAGAAGACAGCCUCUGAGAACGGCAUCAUAGGACAGGAGCCGGGUACCCCACUGCAGGAUGGCUUGCACCAUGGGACACUGUGCCUGGGAGAACCUGCGCCCUUCUGGAGGGGUCUCCUGAGUACCCCAGACUCUUGGCUUCCCCCUGGUUUCCCCCAGGGCCCCAAAGACACUUUCUCACUGGUGGAGAGUGAGGGCCCACAGAAUGGGGAGAAGACCAGCUGGCUGGGUAGCAAGGAAGGACUGCGCUGGAAGGAGGCAAUGCUGGCCCAUCCACUGGCCUUCUGCGGGCCAGCGUGCCCACCUCGCUAUGGCCCCCUGAUUCCUGAGCAUAGUGGUGGCCAUCCCAAAAGUGACCCUGUGGCAUUCCGGCCCUUGCACUGCCCUUUCCUGUUGGAGACCAAGAUUCUAGAGCGAGCUCCUUUCUGGGUUCCUACCUGCUUGCCACCCUACCUGGUGUCCAGCCUGCCCCCAGAGCAUCCAUGUGACUGGCCUUUGGCCCCACGCCCCUGGGUAUACUCCGGGGGUCAGCCAAAAGUGCCCCCUGCCUUCAGCUUAGGCAGCAAGGGCUUUUACCACAAGGAUCCGAAUACUCUCCGGCUGGCAAAGGAGCCCUUGGCAGCAUCAGAGCCAGGGUUGUUGGGCUUAGCUCCUGAUGGGCAUCUCCAGAGAGCCUGUGAGGUGGAAGGCUCUUCACGUCACCAGAGGGAUGCGGGGACAGGAGCUGGCAGGCAGCAGAAUCUUUGCCCACUUUUCCUGGGGCACCCAGAUACUGUUCCUCGGACCCCCUGGCCCUCUUGUCCCCCAGGGUUGGUUCAUACUCUCGGCAACAUCUGGGCUGUGCCAGGUAGUAGCAGCCUUGGGUACCAGUUGGGAUCACCAGCCACACCAAGGUGCCCCUCUCCUGGGCCUCUCACUCCCCAGGAGGGCUGUUGCUCAUCCCACCCACCCACCAGAGAGGAGGAUCUUGGCCCUUGCGGGAAGUGCCAGGAGAGCCUGGAGGGAGGUACCAGCAAGCCAGGUGAAUCCAGUGAAGAAGGGAACAAGGCUGGCUCCAGGGCCUGUCCCCCAAGCCAUCAUACCAAGUUGAAGAAGACCUGGCUCACCCGCCACUCAGAGCAGUUUGGAUGCCCAGGCAGCUGUCCUGGAAAGGAAGAGAGCCCAGCCCGGAUCUGGGCACUCAAGAGGGCAGGCAGUCCUGAAGUCCAGGGAGCAGCAGGGGGUCCAGCUCCCAAGCGCCCACCUCACCCCUUCCCAGGCACUGUGAGGCAGGGGACCAGGACUUGCCAGGAGGUGCCAGACACAACAGGAAGCAAGGCAGAGGCAGAGCAACACGCGGAGCAGAGAGGACACAGAAAUGGCAAGGUCAAGCUCCAGGAAUCCAAGCAUCAGGACACAUCUUGCCCAGCUCUGUUGGCAGGCACUGCCCAGUGCCAAAACUCUACCCGGGUGGCUGGAAAGAUGGGAGGGCUGGCCAGUCACUCCCAGCAAUCAGGGAGGUUGUCCCUGGAAGGGGAACAGCUGCAGGAGGAGGACUUCCCAACCAGCUCUGAGGAGGGAGGAGGAUCUGCCCUGGAAACCCCACUCAGCAAAGGCCUGGCCAAGCACCUGCUGAGUGGUUUGGGGGACCGACUGUGCCGCCUGCUGCGGAGGGAGCGGGAAGCCUUAGGCUGGGCACAGCGAGAAGCAGGCCAGGGGCCAUCUGUGACAGAAGACAACCCAGGAAUUCCACGCUGCUGCAGCCGUUGCCAACACGGACUCUUCAACACCCACUGGAGAUGUCCCCGCUGCAGUCACCGGCUAUGUGUAGCCUGUGGUCGCAUGGCUGGAGCUGGGAGGACCAGGGAGAAAGCAGGCUCUCAGGAGCAAUCCACGGAGGAGUGUGCCCAGGAGGCUGGGCAUGCUGCCUGUUCCCUGAUGUUGACCCAGUUUGUCUCCAGUCAGGUGCUGGCAGAACUGAGCACUGUAAUGCACCAGGUCUGGGCCAAAUUUGAUAUCCGUGGACACUGCUUCUGCCAAGCUGAUGCUCGUGUGUGGGCCCCUGGAGAUGUGGGUCAGCAGAAGAAGCCAACAGAGAAAACUCCCCCAGCUCCACAACCUUCCUGCAAUGGGGAUGCCAACAGGACCAAGGACAUUAAAGAGGAGACCCCAGACUCUACUGAGACCCCAGCAGAGGACCGUGCUGGCCGAGGACCCCUACCUUGUCCCUCUCUCUGUGAACUGCUGGCCUCUACUGCUGUCAAACUCUGCCUAGGGCAUGAACGGAUUCAUAUGGCCUUUGCCCCUGUCACCCCAGCUCUGCCCAGUGACGACCGCAUCACCAACAUCCUCGACAGCAUCAUUGCACAGGUAGUAGAACGGAAGAUCCAAGAGAAAGCCCUGGGGCCUGGCCUUCGAGCUGGACCAGGCCUACGAAAGGGUCUGAACCUACCUCUGUCACCAGUACGGCCCCGGCUGUCUCCACCUGGGGCUUUGCUGUGGCUGCAGGAGCCCAGGCCACGGCAUGGCUUUCACCUCUUUCAAGAACACUGGAGGCAGGGGCAGCCCGUGUUAGUGUCAGGGAUCCAGAAGACACUGAGAAGUAGCCUGUGGGGGAUGGAAGCUCUUGGGACACUUGGUGGCCAAGUGCGGACACUGACUGCCCUCCGGCCUUCCCAGCCCACAAGCCUGGACAGCACAGCAUUCUGGGAGGGAUUCUCCCGCCCUGAGAGACGUCCAAAGUUAGAGGAGAGCUCUGUUCUCCUGCUGCACCGAGCCCUGGGAGAUGAGGAUGCCAGCAGGGUGGAGAACCUGGCCUCCAGCCUUCCACUCCCAGAGUACUGUGCCCAUCACGGGAAACUCAACCUGGCUUCCUACCUCCCUCUGGGCCUCACCCUGCAUCCCCUGGAGCCGCAGCUCUGGGCUGCCUAUGGUGUGAGCCCACACCGUGGACACCUAGGGACCAAGAACCUAUGUGUAGAAGUGACUGACCUGAUCAGUAUCCUGGUGCAUGCAGAGGCACAACUGCCUGCCUGGCACAGGGCACAGAAAGAUUUUCUCUCAGGCCUGGAUGGAGAAGGGCUCUGGUCUCCAGGUAGCCAGACCAGCACUGUGUGGCACGUGUUCCGGGCCCAGGAUGCCCAGCGCAUUCGUCGUUUUCUCCAGAUGGUGUGCCCAGCUGGAGCUGGGACCUUGGAGCCUGGUGCCCCAGGCAGCUGCUACCUGGAUGCAGGAUUGCGGAGGCGCCUGCGGGAGGAGUGGGGUGUCAGCUGCUGGACCUUGCUGCAGGCCCCUGGAGAGGCAGUGCUGGUGCCUGCCGGGGCACCCCAUCAGGUACAGGGCCUGGUGAGCACAAUCAGUGUCACCCAGCACUUCCUGUCCCCUGAGACCUCUGCCCUCUCUGCUCAGCUCUGCCACCAAGGAACCAGCCUGCCCCCUGAUCACCGCAUGCUUUAUGCCCAGAUGGACCGGGCUGUGUUCCAAGCAGUGAAGGUGGCUGUGGAGACUUUGCAAGAAGCUAAAUAGGGGAUCUUGGUGUCUAGGGGAAGAGGGGUGGUGGACAGGUAACCAGGUGCUCAGCUCAGGCAUAAAUUUUAUCAGGGAAUGGCACUGGGCGCCUUGGGGACUUUGGUCCAUCCCACAAAUAUCACUCUGGGUACAAGCAGGGAACCCCAUUCCUACCCUUGCCCUGGCCCUAAAAGUAACAACCAAAGUGCCACUGAAGCUCACACCUGCCCUUCGAAGGUUAACACCUCUUCUGAAUGGUAUCCCUCUCCAUGGUAUUAGGCCCAUACUAGGGGUGAACAACUCCUUCCAACCGUUAUAUUCCAAC